AUGACAACAGCCAGCUCGGCAGGCUUGUUGGGAUUUUGUUUUCUCGCUAGUCAAGUGUUCGCCUAUCGAGACAAGGUCAACAGCCUGGGUCAUGCAUACUUGACACUAGAGUCUCCGCAAGGAUCAAAGGCUUCGCCUGAUGCUAUGCCGGUCUUGCUGCUAUGGUUCGUGGUCUUUGACAUGGUCUUUUUGUACUUGUCAAACACAUCAUACACUUUGAUGCGGGAGAACUUCUUCAGAAUGGUUAGCCACACAAUUUCCAUUUUUUGUGCCCUUCUGAUGGAGAUGGCCGUGUCUGACCUGUUGGUGCAGGGACUUGUGGACUUUUGCGGCGAGUCACCAACACACACCGUCGCAGAGGUGAUUGUACACAUCUUGCUGUUUCCUGCUUGGUUCUUUGCCAUCACCUUCACCACAUGGUGGGUCCAAGAAUCGGGAGACAGUGUGUUUGCCCUAGGAGGUUGCGUCGCCCAUGCCACAGCUUUUGUGGGCAUUGACCUGUUUGUGCAUGUCAAUGACUUGCUGGUUGACACAUUCACUGAGCAAGGAACAUUUUCAAUCUCCAAUUUGAUGCUUGGCAACCACUUGGCUGGUCCACUUCUGGCGGUGCUCACUUGCAAGCUCUUUAGCGUGAUGUCACAUUGGGUGCGACGGAAGAAACUGAUGAACGUGAUGGAACAAAAGAAGGCCGAAGAAUGCCAUGGCUGUGCAUGGGCCAGCGAAGCCUUCCACUGUGAACUGGAAUGCUCUUCGAUUCUCGCUGGCUUUAUUUUUCGACAGGCGUUGCUGAUUGUUGUACAGUGCCGUCCUCCGAAGCACAAUGGUGACAUCGAAGUUCCUCUUGCCGGACCUGUCAUGUUCCUCACCAUUGGAGCAUUGCUUUCAGCCAAGUCCUUGCUGGCAGCUCUGUCCUGGAAGUCCAACUUGAAGACGUUUUUGCAGCUGCUGAUGGGCAUGGCUGCAUGUUGGUGCUUCAUGAGUUUAAUCAUGUACGACAUCAAACAGAACAUCGCGAAGACAGACCACCGGUGGCUGGUUCUGGUUGCAGUGGUCAGUGCCAUUGCCGUUAGUGCAAUGUUCAUUGUGGGCUACAUGGCAGACUGGCGUCUGUUAAAGACCAGCCAGCAGCAAGACCUUGUUGUUGUCUGCGGCAUAGCAACAGGCCUUGCUUGGGAGAAGUCAUUCGCUUGGGCGAUUCGAGAGGUCAUUGAACAUGAUGGGCUUUCGUACAACAAGUACGCCCUGGACAUGAUCCGUCUUGGCUCUUCAGAGGUGGCAGAUUUCACUCGGCGGAUGAAACUCCUGGAGGUCUGGGCAUACAUAGGGAUGCUGGCUGUCAUCAUGCCUGCAUGGCUUUGGUACAUCGUCCCACUUGCAAAUCCCCACAAAGAAGCCGCCGCGGUUUAG